AUGGAUAUUGCAUAUAGAAUUGUGACAGUCCUUUUUUAUUUAAGUACACCAGAAAAGGGUGGAUAUACAGUUUUAAAUAAUGUAAAAACAACUGCUAAAUCAACUAAGCAUGAUGCUCUUUUUUGGUAUAAUUUGUGGAGAAACGGAGAUAGGGGAAAAGGUCGAUUCAGAGUCGCCGAUUCAGAGUCGCCAAUUCAGAGUCGCCGAUUCAGAGUAGCCGAUUCAGAGUAG